UAUUGCUUAAUUGUCAUUAAUGAGUUAGAUUAUCUAUCCUUAAGGCCACGGACCACGGGUGCUGCGGCUGAAUGUCCGCAGUCGCGAUCUCGCGUUCUUUCGCAACGGCGCGUGUUUCGAAAUUUAAAAAAAUAACGUUAGGACGCGUUCGAAAUAUGACGUUCUGAGUGCUGUGUUUUUUUUUUUCGUGAAAUAGGUCAGUUUAGAGUUUUAAGUUUAUGGUUAUUGUGAGUGUAAGCAAAACCAAAGAUGUCCGAGUCGUCGACUCGGUGUGCGGACGACUCCGUUUCGGACCCCCGGGACUCGCUCAAUAGUCUUCUACAAAACUCCGAAGCCGGCAAAAGUGAGUGCUCAGCGCAGUGUGAGCCAGAGAAGCGGAGAGCGUACUGCUGCAGUUCCGUAGCGCAGUGUGUAUGGGGAGUGCUGCUACUGGUCAUGUCAAUAGGAGGUCUCCUCUACACGCCCUUAGACCUGAUGCUGUGGGAGAAGCUGAACAUGAGGCCAGGUAAGAUUAUAAGACCAUUCCAAAUCAACCGAUUAGAUCAGAAGUAA